AUGGCCGCUGCGGACCCUGCAUUGGGGAUGGCAGCCAUCAUGGAAAAUCAGGUGGAAGAAAUGCGCAAGCUGCUCAGCAGAUUCAAGGUAUGUGCAAACCCGGCAGCUGCAGGGGUCGGAGCAGACGUGGACGCAGGUGCCCUUCCAGGGCAUGCAGACAUCCUGAUCUUUGGGCCCAGUGGAAGUGGGAAGAGCAGCCUUAUCCGCACCUUCUACAUGGCGCUGCACAAGACGCAGCAGGUUCCUGCCGACUUUGCGGACAGGAUAAUUGUCAAGGACACAGCCAUGAACGAAGGCACUCUCAAAUACAUUUCUGCCGUCAUCAAGCCGGCGAAAUUAGACCACCGAGGUAACAUCCUCUCGUCCUCCAUCUUGUGCCACGACACUCGCGGCCAGAUUUGGAUGGACGAACGAGAGCAGAAGCAGCUCAGCGUCAUCAUGGACGGGAAUGUGAAGGAUGACUCCAUGGUGCAGCAACGAAAUUACAGGUAUGCGAGAUUGCUCUGGGAAUUCUGGAAGCGAGACUCCGAGCUCUUCCCUCCCGAGAUCCUGGCCAACAAGCGGGGUGUCCACAACCAGCCCCACGCCGUUCUCUUUGUCUUCGAUGGGUCCAUGGAGGAGAUACCGGAUGGGGAAGAGGAGACAAAGUUCUACAGGGAGAUCAUCCAAAUGUGCCGCGAGAAAGGCUACACCAACCCCCAGGCCUCCAAGCAUUGUGCAGAGGUGGACAUGCCCUGUCUUGCUAUAUGUGAGCUUUUCAUUAUAGGACAGGAAAGCAUCCGAGCUCCCAGGGUCGAAUAUGAGCCCACACGAGGCAUAGCCAUGGAUGCAUGGGAUCCCCUCGCAGAUCCGGCUGAUGUUGACACACCGAGCAAGUCGGACCCGACAAAGGUGAGUGCUUCAGAUGGUGACUGUAGUGCGGUGGAUGAUGCCUCGAUGUUGGCUAUUGCUGGUCCCUUGGGUCGUGAGGCGGUGUUGUCUUCGACCCGCAUGCGAGACGUCGAGGACUGGAUCUCGCAGGCUGAGGCCAGUGGCCUCGACGCAGAGCAGAUCCUUCCAGCAAGGCAACACCUGAGGUCCUUGGCCAAGCAGAAUCCGACGAUCCACUGGGAAAAGCGAGAGAGCCAAGCAACGGCAGAAGUGGAUGGCACAAAGGCUGGCGAGGCCGAAGCACGUCUGCAAGAUGCUGAGCGGCAGGUGAACUUGCUGCUCAGUGACAAGUCGGAGUCUGCAGCAGGAAACGCCAUGCAGGACGCCACAGAACAGCUCAAGGCCAGCCUUCUGCACGUCUGCGGCCGGGGCCAGGGAAAGGCACUCGUGUCCCUCGGAAAGGCAUUGAAGGUAUGCAAAGAGGCAGCUUUGUGGCAACAGUCCCUCUUGCAUCUUCAAGAAUUCCGGAGACUUCACGAACCGGAUGCCGCUGCACUCGAUGCCGCGACGAUCGCUUGUAGCCGAAGAAACCGGUGGGAUCUGGCUGUCUUCCUGUUGCGGCAGCGCUGGGAGAUUGAGGGGCCGUCAUGGAAGUCCGCUUUCAAUCCUGGCUGUGGAGCCAGCAUCAGUGCUUGCGCCCGUGCGGGACACUGGGACCUGGCGUUGGCCUUGUUCGCGGAGGCCAGAGUCAGGCGGCAGCCCAUCUCCGACUGGAGCUGCAGUGCCGCCAUUAGCGCCUGCAUGAAAAUCGCCUCCUGGAGCAGGGCCUUGCUCAUCCUUCAGGAGGUGCCAGAAGCCCACAGAGAAGGCUACAAUGCAGCAGUUGCAGUCUGCGCCGAGGGUCGUCAGUGGCAGCGGGCUCUUCGCCUGUUGGAGGACAUGAAGCGACUAGCAUUGAGGCCUGAUGUGUUCACUUACAGCUCCGCUGUAGCCGCUUGCCGGUUUUCUUGGGAGAUGGCUGGCUUGAUCUUGGACGAGAUGGACAUUGCCCCGAAUAUUUUGACAUAUUGCUCAGUCAUGAGCUCUUAUGUGAGAGCUUGGCAGUGGCAGCGAGCCCUUAACAUUUUUGCCAGGCUUGCACGCAUUCAUCGCCCGAAUGCGGUUGCCUACACUUGCGCAUUCCAGGCUCUGGACUUAGCGGGCCCGGAAUGGAAAGACGGGGCUUCGCAACUGGUGGACAGCAUGCAGCACGACUACCGGCAGCCAGUCGAUGUUGUGAGCUACAGUGCUGCACAGCAGGUCCUAAGCCACGCCGAGAUUCCCAUGGCCGAGCGCACGUUUCAGCGGGAGAUCUUUGAACCCGCUGUUCUCGAGCUUGAAAAGCUGAGAACUUUCGGCGUUUCAGCGCCAAAUCCUGGCGUCAAGCCACCGGACAUGGGCGGAUUCUCCAGAGGAAUGCUAGAGGCACUUGACGCGCGGAAGCUUUCUUAG